AUGCCAUUCGAACCACUUCAAUCAAUGACACCUGUUGGCGGUGACGAGAAGCCUUCACUCUCAAGAUCAUCUUCAUUCAAGCGCAAACUAUCCAUUCCUUCCGUUGGAUACAAGAGAGUUCUCGUUCUCGGCUCCGGCUCCUUCGGUAGCUGUUUAGCUGACCACUUGGCCGAUAUCGGUCACCAAACUAGAAUCUGGGCGCGUAACGCUGAUGUAGUUGAGUCUUUCAAUACUCACCGCAAGAAUCCAAAGUAUCUCACCGACCACAUAUUCUCAAAGAACCUGAAAGCUGUCGGACCUGAAUUCCCUUCAUUUGAAGAUCUCCUUCUAUACAACGUCAUUGUCAUGGCAAUCCCAUCACAAUCCAUGUCAUCAGUCCUGAAAAACUUGAUACCUUUGUUCGAAGCCAAGAAGGAUAAAGCCCCUCUGCUCGUAUUCGCCAAUAAGGGUAUAGAGUCAGGUAGCUGUUUCCUCCCAAUUGAAAUUAUUGAAAGAGAGUGUGGUAAGGAUAUUGCCAAAGUUGCUACUUUCUUAUCUGGACCUUCAUUUGCCAAGGAGAUUGUGCAGAGAAUGCCAACACAAGUAACCAUCGCUUCCUUCUCUGCACAACACGCUGAACAGGCUUGUGAAGUGUUCCACCAAGGACACUUCCUCACCUUCUCAUCCACUGAUCCUGUCGGUGUCGAGUUGGCUGGUGCGUUGAAGAACGUAUACGCCAUAGCAUCAGGUGUGGCAUCAGGAUUAGGUUUCCAACAAAACACAAGAGCAGGCUUGGUCACCAGAGCUAGCGCAGAGAUGCAAAAAAUUGGUACUGCAUUUAACGCCGAUCCACUCACUUUCCUCUCACUGGCCGGUGUCGGUGAUCUCUUCCUGACGUGCUCAUCUGAAAGCUCACGUAAUUUCACCGUCGGUAAGAGAUUGGGUGAGGGUGAAAAAUUGGACCAUAUCUUAGAAACACUCGGAUCAACUGCUGAGGGUGUGUUCACAGCCGAUGCUGUGCAUGAAUUGCUCGGCAGGAUAGAGAUGUCAGCACCAAUCGCUGAAGCUGUAUACGAUCUUCUCUACCAAGGUGCAACCGCUGCAGACAUGGCAGACAGAUUGAUGGGUUUACCUUCGAUGCCUGAAAUGGCAAGACCUAUGGUUAGGAGAUCUUCACACUCUGAGAGAUUCAUGCAAGCUGUCGGUGUCCUUUCACCUGCUCAGUCACCUUCAGCAACUCCAAGUGGAAGCCCACCAGUGUCGAGACCACAAUCUAGAACUGGUAUUAAUGCCCUCCCUGAUGAUAAGUAG